AUGCAGACGACCGCGCGCAGUUCUGUCCCGUCCGACUCGGCCGUCGGGUCUUCUGCUCUGCCUGUGUUUCCUCCGCUGCCUCCAGUGCCUCCGAGGGGCGCGAGCAGUCCGUCUCUGCGAGGGCCAUCCGAGACAAAGAAGACGAAGAACGCGGUCAUGCAGCUGCCGAUACGGCCACACACUGAGACGCGCGCGACAGGGACUCAGGUGACAGCCGCCAACUCGCUCGACGUCGUCGUCGUCGAAGCCACUCGCAGCUGCAGUUGCCUCUUCUCGAGGAUGCGGUCAAGAAGCCACUGCAGGAAACAGCGGCAGGUCUCGGGACGCGUGCCGAUUGCACGACAGAGAAAGGCGCAGCUGUGCUUUUGGACGUGGAAGACGCAGGAAGUGACGUUGGUCGCCACUGUGUGCGCCGACGUCCAUUGUCGCGUGCAUUGCCUCGCGCUGGAGCGCUCUAUCUGGAGCGUCACGCCAGAGGAGCUGACGGCAUUGGCAGCGGAAAGUUACGGGAAAGCAGAGUCGGCGACGUUCGCGAAAAGACGGGCGCACGCCUUGACGAGCAAGUGCACUCCGGAGGAGUGCGAGUUGCAGCGAGCGGUGCAGAGAAUGAAGGAGAUGGCGGUUGAGCGGCCGACACGCACGUUGAAGAAGUACUACGGGCUACCACACAUCCCUCUGCGUGGUCCGCUGUCCGAGCAGAAAGCAGAGGCAGCGGAAGAGAAGGCGAAUGCGAUCAUGCAUCGAAAUGAUACGGAGGCAGACAAGAAGUCAGAGAACGCGCUAAACUAUGGCCAAAUCUUUGGUCUCUCGGCCACAACGCCUACAUUUUAUCCACGACAAGCCGCAGACUCGAGCGAUCUCAUUCAGAUGUUGAAGUCUUCGCUUACGAAAAAGGUGGCGCCGCACAUGGACUGGUGGCCGGGGGACUGGAAGUGCACGAAUUGCGAGGAUCUGUUCUCACCACUCGUCUGUCCAUCCAAGGCAACCACGUACUAUUUCGUUACCUUGUUUGUUCUAAUGCACGAUGAGCUGACUGCCCAUUUCCUCGAGACAUAG